CAACUCUCAUUUAAUCCAAGAAUUUUAUUUAUUUCAAUUUCUCCAAGACCAAGUGUGUAUUUUAGUUCAUUUCACCAGACUUUUAUACUUUUUUUUAGUGGACUAGAGUCUGAAACUACAGUUCAUUUUGAAUGUUUGAGUCGGAAGAUCUUUAAUAUAUUCGUGCUUCCAAUGUUGACACUGUUCACGGUUCUGUCGUAUAUUCAUUGUCACAAAUUUUUAAAGAUUAUAAUAAGCUGCCUAUGAAAAUCACUCGAGUGUAAUAUUCUUAAUUAUAGAUCCAUUACUAAAAUCUCAUAUUAUGUUUUGCAAAGAAUAUUCAAACUGUGAAGCACCAAUAUCUGUCAUUACAAAUAUCUUGUCAGAAAAUGACCCAAUAAAAUUUGAAAAUAUAUCUAAGGAAUUAGAAGCAUUAGGAUUUACAAAAGUAAAGGAUUUGGCACAAGCAACCUUUGGAAUAGUUGACUCUAUCAAGUUGUGGGAUGAUUCAAUAAAACUGUUUUAUGGAGCUUUUGAGAAUUAUUAUCAACAACACCUAGAUGAUCUUCAAAAAUCUGCAAAAUUAGAAAUGGAAAAUGGAAAUUUUACCAGAACUCAACAAAUAUGUGAAAAAUUAUUGCAGCAAAAACCAAAUGAUUUAAAUGUUAUAAUUCUAAUGGCUGAAUCAUUUUUUAAGUGUGGCAACUAUGAUAAAUCGCUUAGUUUCUUGAAAAUGGCAAACAAUUUGAAUCCAAAUUCUUUCCAAAUGUUGAUUAACAUUGCAUUUAAUUAUUGGAAACUAUCUAAUUAUGAUUUAGCUAGACAUUAUUUCCUAGAAGCUAUUAAGAAGUCACCAUCUUAUAAUGAUUGUUGGAUUUAUUACGCGGAAUCGUUAAUUAAAACAAAUGAUUUAAAAAAUGCUGAAUACAUAUACAUUCAAAUUUUAAAAAUUUAUCCAGAUUCGUAUAUAAUCAGAAAUAAAUAUGCUAAAUUUCUAUUGUCCCAAAAUAGAUUAAAAAAAGCUGAAGAACAAUUUGAAAUUGCUCUAAAAAGUGCUCCACAGUGUGAAGUCACUUUGAGGAAUUUAGGAAAUUUAUACUAUUCGGCUAAUCAAUAUGACAAAGCAAUACUUUAUUAUUACAAAGCUUUAAUCAUAAAUCCUAAUCUAAAAAUUACUUUGUUUAAUUUGGGGAAAUUAUAUUUAAAAAUAACUAAUUACCCUAAAGCAAUUCAAGCAUUUGAAAAAGCAAUUUAUUUAGAUCCUGAAAAUGCAUCAACUCUUAAAAAUUUAGCAGUUGCAUAUUGUAAUCAAGAUAAUAUGUUCAUGUCAGCAGAAACAUACAAGAAAUAUUUAAAAUUACUGCCUGAUGAUUUAGAAAUUAAUUUAAAAUUGGCUAUGAUCUACUUUCAUAACCUGGAUAAUUAUCAGGAAGCAGAAGUAUAUUUAAAAAAAUGUAUCGAAUUACAACCUCAACGAGACGAUAUAUACAAGAAUCUGUAUGCAGUAUAUCGAGAGUUAGAAAAACAUAAAAAUGCAUCAGAUAUUUGUAUAGCAUUAGGUAAUUUAUAUUUGGAUAAAUUUGAUAUAGAAAAUGCAAUACAUGAAUUUGCUACUGCCUUAUAUUUUAACCCUAAAAAUGCUGAGAGUCAUUGGAAACUUGGACUUGCUUUACACAAUAUGGGUCAAUAUGAUUCUGCUUUAAUUCGGUAUAGAAAAGCUAUGGAGUUGAGACCAUCGUUAGUCGAUGUUUACUAUUGUUCAGCAAAUAUUUAUGAAAAACAAGAACUGUACGGAAUGGCUUUAGAAUAUUAUAAAAUGACCCUUCAAUUACAACCGGACCAUUUAAAUGCUUUGAUUAAUAUGUCAUUUCUUAAACAAAAAUUGGGCCAAUGUGAUGAUAUUAAAGCCUUUAAUCAGCUUUUUGAAAUUGAUGAUCUGGAUGCAAAUGUUUUAUACAAAGAAUUUAGAAAUCUUAAUGAUAUUCUUUUUCAUUAUAAAAAAGCCUUGACAUAUUACAAUACAUCUGUCGGAAUUUAUGUACGUAUGGGAAACAUAUGUAUCGAAUUAAACAUGAGUAAACAGUCAUUGAAUUAUUUUUAUAAGGCGAUUCAACUUGAUUCACAGUGUUUAGAAGCUUUCAUUAACAUAGGUUCUAUACAAAAAGACAAUGAAAAUUUCAUUGAUGCAAUUCAUGCUUAUGAAGCUACAUUAAAAUUAAAACCAGAUUUUCCAGAAAUAUAUUGUAAUUUAGUUAUAUGUUUACAAAAAGUCUGUGACUGGUCAGACUACGAUUCUCACAUGAAAAAAUUAAAAAAAAUAGUUAAUAAACAUCUCAAUGAUGAUCAAGUCUUGUCCUUAUUACCUCAUGAUUCAUUGUUUUUACCGUUAUCAUUUGAAGUACAAAACAAAAUUGCUUCUAAUUAUGUAAAACAUUGUCUUGAAAAAUUGAAAAAAUCGAUUGAAGAACCUCAACAGUUUAUUUAUCCUACAUCUUUAAGAGGAAAACUAAGGAUUGGUUUUGUAUCAAACAACUUCAGUAAACAUCCAGUAACAAACAUUGUUGCAUUCUCAUUUUUAAAUUACUCAAGCGAAGUACAAUUUUGUCUUUACACCUUAUCUUCAAAUGAUAAUAUUCCAAAAUGGAUGGAGCCCACAUUAGAAAAUAUCAGCUUUAAAAAUUUGUCGCAGCUUAAAGUAAUUGAUGCUGCUAAAACUAUAAAUAGUGAUGAAAUUCAUGUAUUAGUUGACUUGUGUGGUUAUACUGAGGGUUCUUUAAUUGAAAUAUUUUCAUUGAGGCCAGCUCCAAUUCAAGUUUCAUGGAUUGGUAAUCCUAAUACCAAUAAUACCAGUGCUAUGCCAUUUGUAGACUACUUUUUUACUUCUGAAUCAGAUUUUUAUAGUAAUCCUCCAAAUGAAUAUAUUAAAAAAUUGUUUUUAUUACAUUCAACUUUUCUUGCUGGCAAUCACGGGCAGAAAUUUUCAGAGUUAACUAGACUCAAAGCCGAAGAAAAUACUAAUUUUCAAUUGAAUCAAAGUAAUUUUGAAGAAUACGAUAGUAUUUUAAAUAAUGAAACAUUUGUAGAAAUUAUUACACAAUUUAUUCAAGAAGCUCCCUGUAAUAAAUAUACUAGGGAAUUAUACAACUUACCACAUAAUGUUGUUGUUUUUUGUAAUUUUAGUAAGCUGUAUAAAAUAGACCCAUUUACUUUCCGUACAUGGCUUAAUAUUUUAAAUAAUGUCCCUAAGUCUGUACUAUGGCUUCUACAUUUAAAUGAUGCUGCUGACAAUAACUUAAAAAAAUUUGCUAAUGAUUUAAACUUUGAUUCAUCACGUAUAAUUUUUGCUAACUUCAUUCCAAAAUGUGAACAUUUGAAUAGAAUCCAGUCAGCUGAUAUUUAUUUGGAAUCAAUUUUAUAUAAUGGACACAUGGCUUCCUUGGAUGCAUUAAUUGAAGGGAUUCCAGUAAUAACAUUACUCGGAGAAACAUAUGUAUCUCGUAUAACAGCUUCACAGUUGACUAUUUUAGGGGUUACAGAUACAAUUGCACAAAAUGACCAAAAUUAUAUUGAUAUUGCAAUAAAAUUGGGCCAUGACAAAAACUUAUUGGAAGAAAUCAAAAAUAAUAUUUUGAAUUUGGUAAAGAAUAGUAAUUUGAUUAAUUUAGAAUUUUGUGCUCAAGAAAUUAUGAAAUACUUAAUGAAUGCCCAGAUAAAUUAAAUUAUUAUUUAUUA